CGCAUCGCAACAUCUCUCUCCUCCUUGUUCUCCUUUUCCAACAUCCCUCCCCUCUGAAACUCUCUUCUUUACUCUUCUUGUCCGUUUUUGCUGGUCUGCUCAAGCCAGUGAUGCAUGAGGCUGAGGACUGGUGAAAAAGGGGAGUUUCUUCUUUUUUUUUGUGCUGGACCUCAAAGAGGAAAGCUGAGGGGAACGUCUGCAUUCCCGCCGGAGAGAAGAGGAGCCGCUUUAGGUUGGGGAGCAUCACUGUUGCGGGCAGGUUGCAUGCUGCAGAGCAGCGAAGGACAUCCCCGGGAGAGAACACCUAGACAGAUGAACCACGUGCACGAGAGGAAGUGCUUUGUGUUGUGAGGACAGCAGACUGGAAAGGAGAGGCAGACGACAACGAUCAUUAGGAGGGGAUCACUGAGUUAGAGGAGCACCAGUCACGGGGGGUUGAGAAGGAGGGUUCGGAGUCUAUAGGGAAUGUUUUAAAAGUGAAAGAGGAGUGCGGGGGGGUCUGCAAUGCCUUCAAAUUAAACUGGAAGAAGAGGGAUUGCUAUCCGGUCAGUCUGCACACGCAUAAGAAGACCAAGGGGUCACUGGCUCUCCAGAGACUGCGGGAUUAUAAUUGGAGCAGAGAGACGGUGCACAGCACUGACCGAGAGACUGAAAGGGGGGGUGAGCUGGUUAAAACUCUUCAGGUUCUUACCUGAACAAAGGGAGUCUUGCUUCUAGAGUGAGCGUACUCAAGAACAGACGACUGAAGGAGAAAGGUAGGAGGGUUUCUCUCGGACAUAAGUGACCAUCAAUUCCCUCACGGCACGACUCUGCAAGAGGAUCCCAGCAUGGCCGUCCAACUCAUCCCUGAAUCAGCUGUGAGCUUGCUAAUGAUGACAGAGGGAAGGCGGUGUCAGGUCCAUCUACUGGACGACAGGAAGCUGGAGCUCCUUGUGCAGCCCAAACUGAUGGCAAAGGAUUUGCUGGACCUCGUGGCCUCCCACUUCAACCUCAAGGAGAAGGAAUACUUUGGAAUUGCUUAUACAGAUGAAACGGGCCACUUCAGUUGGCUUCAGCUGGACCGAAGGGUGUUAGAGCAUGAAUUCCCCAAAAAGUCUGGUCCUAUUGUUCUCUACUUCUGUGUCAGGUUUUACAUUGAAAGUAUUUCCUACCUGAAGGACAACGCAACAAUUGAGCUGUUCUUCCUCAAUGCAAAGUCCAUCAUAUACAAGGAGCUUAUUGAAGUGGACAGCGAGGUGGUCUUUGAAUUAGCCUCCUACAUCCUGCAAGAAGCUAAAGGGGACUUUACCAGCGAUGAUGCAACCAGGUCUGAUCUGAAAAAGCUCCCUGCUCUGCCCACUCAAGCUCUAAAGGAGCACCCUUCUCUGGCUUACUGUGAAGACCGGGUCAUAGAGCAUUACAAGAAGCUCAGUGGGCAGUCUAGAGGGCAGGCUAUUGUAAAUUAUAUGAGCAUUGUGGAAUCUCUACCCACAUAUGGAGUGCAUUACUAUGGUGUAAAGGACAAACAGGGGAUCCCUUGGUGGCUGGGUCUGAGCUAUAAAGGCAUCUUUCAGUAUGACUACCAGGACAAAGUCAAGCCAAGGAAGGUGUUUCAAUGGCGUCAGCUGGAGAACCUGUACUUCAGAGAGAAGAAGUUUUCAGUCGAAGUCCAUGACCCCAGGAGUAGGGCGUCGGUAACGAGGAGGACUUUUGGACACAGUGGCAUCGCCGUGCACACCUGGUACGCCUGUCCCGCUCUCAUCAAGUCCAUCUGGGCCAUGGCUAUCAGCCAGCAUCAGUUCUACCUGGACCGCAAACAGAGCAAGUCAAAGAUCCAUGCUGCGCGGAGUCUGAGCGAGAUCGCAAUAGAUCUCACAGAAACAGGAACUUUAAAGACCUCCAAACUGGCGAACAUGGGCAGCAAGGGCAAGAUCAUCAGCGGCAGCAGCGGCAGUCUGCUCUCCUCAGGCUCUCAGGAAUCCGACAGCUCCCAAACUGCUAAGAAGGACAUGCUGGCAGCACUGAGAGCUCGGCAGGAAGCUCUGGAGGAAACCCUGCGGCAGAGACUGGAGGAACUCAAGAGCAUCUGCAUCAGAGAAGCGGAGCUGACAGGAAAACUUCCGAAGGAAUAUCCUCUGGAUCCCGGAGAGGAACCGCCCACGGUGAGGCGGAAGAUUGGCACUGCCUUCAAACUGGAUGAGCAGAAAAUCUUACCAAAGGGCGAGGAGGAGGAGCUUGAGCGUUUGGAGCGGGAGUUUGCCAUUCAGUCGCAGAUUACAGAGGCGGCCCGGCGGCUCGCCAGCGAUCCUCACGUGAGCAGCAAGAAGCUGAAGAAGCAGAGGAAAACCUCUUAUCUGAAUGCACUUAAGAAGCUCCAGGAAAUCGAGAACUCUAUCAACGAGUACCGGGUCCGCUCUGGCAAGAAGCCCACUCAGAGGGCGUCACUUAUCAUAGAAGAAGCCAAUAUUUGUUCUGAAGACAGUUCAUUGUCUGAUGCACUGGUCUUGGAUGAUGAUGAUUCUCAGGUUACAGGUACCCCGACCUUCUCUCCUGUAGCGUCGCCUCAUAAAGGCCUCCCUCCGCGACCCCCCUCUCACAGCCGGCCUCCUCCCCCGCAGUCCCUGGAUGGACUGCGACACAUGCACUACACUCGCUCUGACUAUGAUAAAUCUCCCAUCAAACCCAAGAUGUGGAGCGAAUCGUCACUGGAUGAGCCCUACGAAAAAGCAAAGAAGCGCUCUUCCCACUCGAGUCACAGGCGUUUUCCGAGUUCUGGCAGUGCGGAAGCAGGGGGCAGUAACUCCCUUCAGAGCAGCCCGAUCAGGAGCUCGCCUCACUGGAACUCUCAGUCCAGCAUGCCAUCAACGCCGGACCUGAGAACCAGAACUCCGCAUUACGUACAUUCCACCAGGUCAGUGGACAUCAGUCCCACACGUCUGCACAGUCUCGCUCAGCACUUUAGGAACCGCAGCUCCAGCCUCGAGUCCCAGGGCAAGCUGCUGGCGUCCGACCCCGAUGCACAUCCGCACACCCUGGGCAGCCCCGACUUUUUCCUCGUCCCGGGACGAGGCUCCAACGGUUCUGACCCGUUGGAUGACUGUUCAUCCUGCACCAGCCAAAGCAGCUCAGAGCAUUAUUGCCCCUCCAGCGGACCCCCGGGCAGCAACCCGAACUACUCCACGCUGGGAGAGGACUCGCCCUCCAAAGCCAGGCAGAGACAACGGCAAAGGCACAGGUCUGCUGGUCACCUGGGCUCCUCUAAUUCAGGCUCUAUGCCAAAUCUGGCAGCUAAGAACGGCACGGUUGGAGGCUCGGGUGGAAGUGGGAUCGGAGGCGGGCACCACGGAGUUUACCUCCACAGCCAGAGCCAGCCCUCCUCCCAGUACCGCAUCAAGGAGUACCCUCUGUAUGUGGAGGGUAGCUCCAACGGUGUGGUGGUGCGCAGCCUGGAGAGCGACCAGGAGGGUCACUACAGCGUGAAGGCCCAGUUCAAGACCUCCAGCUCCUACACGGCCGGCGGACUUUACAAGGAGGCCUGGGGCGGAGAGGAGGGGGGAGAGGGAAGCGGCCGGCUCACGCCGUCUCGAUCUCAGAUCGUACGGACUCCAUCGUUAGGGAGAGACGGCGGCGGAGGCGGAGGGGGGAGGGCAGCGGUGUCGGAGGAGCUGCGUUGUUGGUACCAGAGGUCAUCGGGGAGCCUGAAAGAAAGAAGCCACUCACAUUCAGGGUCCACGUCGUCUGAGACCGGGUCACAGCAAGGCACUCUGGGACAUGGACGGGGGAGCAGAGUUGGAUCACUUGCGAAGGGCUCACCAGCUGCGUCCCCUCACAGCCAGAGGAGCCUGACGCCGUCCAGCGAGCACCCGGCCACGCCCACACCGCCCUGCAGCCCGCAGCACAUCAUCAACUGGAAGAGCGGGUCUUUCAGUGACAGCUGUUUUCUCAGCAGCCCCCUGUGCUCAGAGCUGGCAGAUGUGCAGUGGUACGGAAAAGACAAGGCCAAACCCGGAACCUUGGUCUGAGACCUUCCUGUACGGCCUGCAAACAACCCGCGCUCCUCUUUGUCCCUCACUGCUACCCAUCGACAACCAACAACCUCAUCCAGCCCAGACCUGACCCCAACACGAGCCGCUAUCCCCCCCCGCCCGAGUUUCGCCGACCUGUUGUCCGGUGGCCCCGCCGAUCACAGCUCAGCUGGACAGGGACGCACUCGCUGGGCUUUGAUUAGGGCCGACUUCACAGGACAGACUGUUCCUCCCCUCCUUACAGCACUAUACAGUCCCGUCUUUAUUCAGCGUCUGGAGCGCACAAGCAAGGGGACAAGAGCGUGGACAGAGCACAGCAGAAUAUCAGAAACCCAGUAAACCCGACACGGGCUAGUCGACGAGCCGCUCCAUAUCACAUCCUGCGUGGCUCCAGGCCUCUGCCACCCGGUCUGAAGCUACACGCUGGAUUUGAGCCACCGGUUUAAAACUCUUUUUUUUUUUUUUUGUUUGCUCUUAACGAACUCUAUUGCAUUAUGUUAUUCCCAUAAGCAUUGUUUCCUUAACGUUUUUUUAUGCAUACUUACAAGAACAGAUGAUUUUCAGACAUGUGUAGGAAUAACUGGUAACAUUAUCCCCCCCCCCCCCGGUAUGGUGCCAUAACAGAACCGUCAGUCAGCAAUACGCGGGUGAGCUCCUGGCGACCAUAUUAGGAUGUUUUUCUGGACAAUAUCUGAGACAAGGACAAGGACUAUAGCAAUAAAGAACACUGCACAAGGUUUUGAAGCGGUUUAAUCGACUGAGUGAAAGUGAAACAGGCCUUUUUUUUUUCCCCCAAAGCUUGGAGUGGAGGGCUUCUAGUUUAGUGUUGCUAGAAACCGGAGUAGGAUUUUUGGGAUAUGGCCUUGAUUUGCAGUUCUUUGGACUUGAAGUUUGGCCUCAAGGUUUUGGGUCUCAGAGCAGGAACGUACAGGUGCAUCUCAAUUCAUUUGAAUAUUGUUGAAAGGUGAACGCCCCUCUCUCCCCCAGCAAAUUACAGUUCAAAAAUUUAAGCUCAUAUAGAUUUUUUUUACCAACCUGUUGUUUCUGUAUUUUAAGUUAAUUUCUGUUUCUUUUGAUGAAUUUGGGGUACAUUUAACGAACCCCCCAAAUUCAGUUUCUCAGAAAAUUUGAGUAUUGUACAUUCGAACAAUUAAAAUUUGAUUUUAGGCCCAUGUACUGUACAAUAUAGUCCCUCAGUCCUCAGAGCUCAUUUUGCCCGAAUCACAGCAUCAAUGCAUUGUGGGAUGGAGGUCGGUCAGCAUGUGGUUCUGCUGAGGUGUUAAAGUGGCCCAGGUUGCUUAUAAUAGCAGCUUCAGGUUCAAUUAAGCACAGUGAUACCACAGUUAUUAAAGCAGGUACUGAGGCUUCCUGGCAGCGGAUGCAGGUGCCAGGUCCCGCUGGAAAAUGAAAUCCGCAUCUCCAGAAAAGGUUGCCCGCAGAGCGAAGCAGGAAGUGCUCUAAAAUUUUCCCGGUAGACGGCUGCUCUGACUUGAAAAAACGGUGGACCAAAACACAAGCGGAUGGCACGGCUCCCCAGAUCAUCACUGACUGCGGGGGAAAAAACUUCCCACUGGACCGCUUCUCCUGAAACAAGACACCUUUUCGAUAGCAACAGAUUUCAUUGAGAUGCACCUGUGUGCGGUCAGAGCAUUGGGGUUUGUCCGAGACGUUCUUCUGGUCACAGACGCUGCGGUGUUUCGUUUCAGCUUUUUACACCUUUCAUUUUCUCGUCCCCCAGCUCGGUAAAAUACACCCGUGGAAGUCAGUUGGUUCUGCCGUGCAGUUUCCUCUCGAAGCUGCUCAGUGACUGUGGUGAACUGUUUUCAUGGCGUUCCCCCCCUACUUUGGUCCUCCAGGUUCAGUUCCUGUUCUGCUGUGUUGUUGUUGUUGUUUUUUUUGCCCAUCUUCGGAGCAGGUUUGGACUGUAACGCAGCACAGAACCCACAGUAUUCCAGACACUAAACCCACUCCCAUCCAGUCGCCGCUGUCUGAAGCCAUCCUAUGAAGGAAACACUCAACGACUCAAAACACCUUGGUUUAAACAUGCUCUUUGUCUGAAAGCACAACAUUUACAGUACAUUUAGGCUGGACCUGCAGUUACUGUGUUCUCUUAUUCAGCUUUUGGUCCGUAAAAGCUGCACGAUCGGUGCAAAAGAGAGAAGAUGUGACCGGGCGGGAGAAAUAGUCACGAACUCUCAUAGUUCUUGUCCCAAACGCUACCAAUCAAGCAUUCAGAACAGGGUUAGAAAAGCACACUUGGUCUUUACAACACGUUUCCCACAUUUGCCGCCGACGAAUCCCGGUCCGUUGUUUGUCGUAGCACAAAAUCGCGAUUCGUUGUGUGUUUAUUUUGGAAGGGAUCGAGGGUUUGCUGUGCUGCUUUGACUCCCAGCGACUGGCGCGAACCUCGUGAUGCCCUACACAAUGUUGUUUCCUUUAUUAGUGGCCGUAAGCAGUUUAAAACCAUGUUAUUUCUACGAGAAGGCGCAGCCCACUCCCUAAGUGCACGUGUGCUCCUCCGUGAGUCGUCCGAUCCUUUGCUAAUAACGUCUUUAUGCAAGAUUAGAACCAGCAAUCACGUUUACCAUCUGUUAGGAACUCAUUUUAGGACAGCAGUCAGGUUUGAUAUCUCCCUAUUAACGUCUUAGCCUGUGCUGAAGAUCCCAUGUCAUGCAUGCGAAUCCACUGGCAAAAGACCUCGAACGCAGCACCACUUUGUCCUCCUGCCUAAACGCACCGUUAUUGUUCAGUGGCGUUAUUCUGUCCCACCCCCCCACCCCCACCACAAAGAGCUGUUCGGAUCCGGAUGUAAUCUCUGACCUCUAAGCUGUUUGUAAACCAGUGUGAAAACCCGCAAACACAAACUUUCCGUUGCUCCCGUGAUCACGUGUGAGGAAUUUUUUUUUUGUAACGCUUCCCAACACAGAGGAGACUUUUCAUGUAUAUUCAGAGCGGAGCUGUCGGGAAGGCCUGUGGGCUUUUUAACUCACAUUCACUGUUUUACCAAUGUCAACAGUUUAUAUGGACCAGUGUUUCUUUUUUUUUUUUUUUCCCCCACCAUCUCUGAAAAAGAAAAAACCUUUCAGGUGCUACAAAACGACCAGUUACUGCUUUGUCACGUAGGAUCUAGACAUCUCUCUCCGUUCUGACCGACACGGUCAAGACGAAGCUUAUUUUAACCGGCAGUUUAACGUUAGAUCACCUCCUUAACAAGACGAUAGAGCAUGUAACCCGAGUUCAUCAGUUCUCCUCAGCUGUAAUAUUACAUUAAAGGGGUCGUAGAAGAAAACGUGGAAUUGAUUUAAAAAAAGAAAACUCCCAAUUCCACAGUUAAUUUAUUCUUUUUUUUCUAUUAAGAAUUUGUAUAGUAACUUUACAUUUUGCAAAACCGUGUUGUUGGAAAUUAAUGAUGAAUUUUCAAGACGAGACGCCGUGGUGGUUCUUGAGAGUAAGAAAAUAAAUUAUUGAUGAAUGUUCUCAAAA